UGGGAUUGGGCAUGCUGGGGCAGGAGGGGGGAGGUGUGUCAGGUGUGAAAAGCUCUGAAGGUGUUUUCACUAGUCUGUACCUGUGUGUGUGAACAUGGGACUUGGUGAGAGUGAGAGUUUGAUUUUGAGUGUGUGAUUAUGAGCCUUGAGUGUGAGUUUAUGUUGUGUGCGCUUCAGGAGGCGUGUGUGAGGAUAAGUGUGAGCAGGAGUGUGGACUGGGGUUUCAGAAAGGCCGUGUGUGAGUGUGAAAGUCCCAAGCAUGUAUGGACACGUGGGGACACCUGAGCACCCAGGUGAGUGGAGUAUGUGAACACCUGUGUGAGGAUAUCAGCUGCCUUUAGGUCUGUGUACUUCAGUGUGCUCACUUGAAUGGAGAAUACCCAGAUGAGGGGAGAUUACUAAGGUUCCCCCCAACAUCUGGAGAAAAUUGGGAGGUAGCCUGCUCUGGCUGGGGAUUCCAGCUGGGCUUGAUGGUUGCCUGGGUAUUAAGGUUCCCCUGUUCCCCCACCUGGGUAGGAGUAGGGGCUUUCCAAGCCUCCCUAGGUUCCCAAGUGGGAGACCUGCUGUCAGUUACUGGUCUUUGGAGGUUCUGGAGACUCUGUUCCCAUGGCAACAGCUGGGAGGGCCCUCUUCAUGGGCAGCCUUUCCUUGGACUCUGUCCCCUGUUCCACCCCCUUGCAGAGUCUGGAAGCCUGGCCCCAGGCCCAGGGUUGGGCAACCCAUGUGGCAGGGUGUCCCCCCAUCCCCCAUCUUGGUGCCUUCCUGCAAACUGACAGGUCUCUCCCUGCAGGUGACCAGCGCCAUGUCCAGCCAGGUGGUGGGCAUUGAGCCUCUUUACAUCAAAGCAGAGCCAGCCAGCCCCGACAGCCCAAAGGGUUCCUCGGAGACAGAGACUGAGCCUUCUGUGGCACUGGCGCCUGGUCCAGCUCCCACUCGCUGCCACCCAGGCCAUAAGGAGGAGGAGGAUGGGGAAGGGGCUGGGCCUGGCGAGCAGGGUGGUGGGAAGCUGGUGCUCAGCUCCCUGCCCAAACGCCUCUGCCUGGUCUGUGGGGAUGUGGCCUCCGGCUACCACUAUGGUGUGGCAUCCUGUGAGGCCUGCAAAGCCUUCUUCAAGAGGACCAUCCAGGGGAGCAUCGAGUACAGCUGUCCGGCCUCCAACGAGUGUGAGAUCACCAAGCGGAGACGCAAGGCCUGCCAGGCCUGCCGCUUCACCAAGUGCCUGCGGGUGGGCAUGCUCAAGGAGGGGGUGCGCCUGGACCGUGUCCGGGGUGGGCGGCAGAAGUACAAGCGGCGGCCAGAGGUGGACCCGCUGCCCUUCCCAAGCCCCUUCCCUGCUGGCCCCCUGGCAGUAGCUGGAGGCCCCCGGAAGACAGCCCCGGUGAAUGCACUGGUGUCUCACCUGCUAGUGGUUGAACCUGAAAAGCUAUAUGCCAUGCCCGACCCAGCGGGCCCUGAUGGACACCUCCCAGCUGUGGCUACCCUCUGUGACCUCUUUGACCGAGAGAUCGUGGUCACCAUCAGCUGGGCCAAGAGCAUCCCAGGCUUCUCAUCACUGUCGCUGUCUGACCAGAUGUCAGUACUGCAGAGCGUAUGGAUGGAGGUACUGGUGCUGGGUGUGGCCCAGCGUUCACUACCACUGCAGGAUGAGCUGGCUUUUGCUGAGGACCUGGUCCUGGAUGAAGAGGGGGCACGGGCAGCUGGCUUGGGGGAACUGGGGGCUGCCCUGCUGCAACUGGUGCGGCGACUGCAGGCACUACGGCUGGAACGAGAGGAGUACGUCCUGCUGAAGGCCCUGGCCCUUGCCAAUUCGGACUCUGUGCACAUCGAAGAUGCUGAGGCUGUGGAGCAGCUGCGAGAAGCCCUGCAUGAGGCCCUGCUGGAGUAUGAAGCCGGCCGGGCCGGCCCUGGAGGGGGUGCUGAGCGGCGGCGGGCAGGAAGGCUGCUGCUCACACUACCCCUCCUCCGCCAGACAGCGGGCAAAGUGUUGGCCCAUUUCUAUGGGGUGAAGCUGGAGGGCAAGGUGCCCAUGCACAAGCUGUUUUUGGAGAUGCUUGAGGCCAUGAUGGACUGAGGCAGGGGUGGGACUGGUGGGGGUGCUAUAGGACCUGCCAAGCAUGCAGUCAGCCCCAAGGGGGCAGAGCUAGGGUCUGGGCAGUGCCACAGCCUGCUGGCAGGGCCAGGGCAAUGCAAUCAGUUCCUGGGAGCAGGCCCCACGCCCUCCCCUCCUAAGGGGUGUCAGAAGCUGGGAAGGUAUAUGCCCAGGCUCUGGGCACAGUGCUGCCCCUUGCAAGCCAUAAUGUUCCCCCAGAGUGUAGGGGGCC